ACUGCCGCUUCCAUCCGCCAUCUCAGAGCCAAAAAGAAGGUCUCAAUUAUCGACGAUGUCGAUCUAGAAUCAACAUCGAACAAUCUCAAAACCAACCGCCUCCUGGGGAGAUCCGAGAAAAUCCUAGAUAGUGUCGGAAUAAAUGAAAAUUCUGCUAGGAGAAUGUUGGAAGACGACACCGCCAUGAAACGCAGAGCUUUGAAAGUGACUUUCGAACCCGAAGCAGACGAUUUAACAAAAUGGACGCCGCUGGAAAACAACGUAUCGUCCGUCAGAUCGAGAAGGGAAGAAGUGAGGAGUGUCAGAUCUAAAGUUGCAGAUGAUUCUUCGUACAUCAGAUCCGAAAGCGGAGCAGCUCUGAGAGCUAAACAAUCCAGGGAAAGAUUGAGCGACAUUGAAGACGAGAUGGCGGCCAUGGCAGAGAAACAAGCAGCUAGGGAAGCCAGGGUUGCUAGAUUGAGAGCUUUAGUUGCGGAAACAGAGCAAGAAUCUGCAGAGUUCGAGUUGUCCCAGGCUAAAGCUGAGAGAGCUAGCGCUAGAAAAGAACAACGUUCCGAACAUUUCUGAGUUUUUACUUUUUAUACUGAGUAGGUUAAGUCUCUGUUGACGUUUUCUUAUAGGGCUUCACCAGAAGAGAAUCCUGCAUGAAAUUUGAUUCAGUAUGUCCCAAAUUAUCGCAUAAUAGUAUGUGUUUCAGUAGUACUUAUUAAAAUACGCAUUUGCAGGAAAGGAAUGCAUUUAUUAAAAAAAUACUGAAGGCCAUUGGUCGUUUUUGAUUCAUUUCACAUUGGAAAUCAUCAAGAUGUAUGCAAACAAUUCGAAUUAUUGUGAAACUAUUUUGUACACAUAUUUUGAACCGAAUAGGUAAGUUUGAAGGUUAUCAAUAAAGAGAAGAGUUAGCUUUUA